UUUGAGUGAAAAGUUUUCUCUUAUAGAUAUUUACAUAGAGAUAUUUAAUACAUGCUGUAUCUAUUGUGGUGUAGCUAUACUUCACAAGACAAUGACAUAGAAUUCGCUCGAUUUUGUUCAAAUUACGAUAGUUUCUCUUUGAUCUUUGUCUCUAGAGUUGUGAUUUUUUAUCUUGUUCGAAAAAAAAUAGAUAAAUCAUCGUUUGAUUGGCGGACUAACAUUUAUAAUUGAUUAGAUACUGUGUGUUACGUAACAAUGACGGUCGUCGUGACAUUCACUCAGUGAUUAUUUAUUUUUUGUAGUUUUUUUUCUUGUGUUUUCUUUUAAUUUUUAUUUUCUUAUGAAUAAAGACGUGUAAAAAUGGCAGCGACAGCAGCAGCAAAUGUUAAAAUAAAUCGUGAGGCACAAAUGCAAAAGUUGAAGGAGGAGAGAGAGGCAAAGAGACAACAUCUAGAUGGACGCCAUAUUUACAUCCUCCAGACGGUCGCCGAUAGUCUCGGCUUGGAACUCUCAGAGGUGGAAGAUGCCAUUCUUGAAGGCACUCAGAUUGAAACAAUGGAUUUGUUUCUUGAUCCCAAAGGCAGACAGGGAACCAACCAGCUGAUGUUUUAUUACCAGGAACCAGAGGACAAGGAACCUCAUGCCGUUGGAUUUCGCUUACACCAUCCCUCUGAGAAAGAUGAUCGGAAGAAAAGUAACCCAUUGGAACAUCUUAAAACCGGUCCACCUGUGCAGAAAACACCAAGGCAACACAAGCCCAAAGUGUUUGUAGCCAAUGGGAGUGAUGUCCCUUUAAAGGGUACUUGUCUGCUCUUCAUUAAGACUGGGGACCCGUCUGCUGUUAUAACAGAUCAAAACAUGGUCAAGGAUAUCAACUUCACCAUUCUUGACACAAACGGGCAUGGUCGUAAUGGUGCCGGGCUUCUGUAUGCAGUGGAACAUCUCCUCUCCAACAUCUUCAUCCCAGCCCUGAAAAAUCUAGACAAAGGAUGGGGAGCACUUGAGUCUAAGGGCUCAGCUCAAACAAGGGUUGAUUUCCUCAACAUGCUGGAUUCUUUUGUCUCUGUACUUGUCGGUGCUCAAGAGAGCUUGAAUGAGAAGGUUCAACUGAAGCCAUGUGAGACUUAUGACCUGUCAAGAGUUCAAACCCCAGCAGACUACCAGGCCAUUGCCAACAGUUCCGAGGCUCUGGAAGGGAUUGAGAUCUGUAUGGGUGUCUGGAUCAAACAGAUUGAGCAGGUAUUGGCUGAAAGUGAGCAGAUGAGAAAAGAAGCAGACGACAUUGGUCCGAGGGCAGAACUUGACCACUGGAAGAAGAGAAUGUCAAAGUUCAACUACCUUCUUGACCAGAUUAAGGGGUCAGAGGUCAAGGCUGUUCUUGGUGUCCUGCAUGCCGCCAAGUCUAAGCUCAUCAAGACAUGGCAAGAACUUGAUCGUCGUAUCACUGACACAGCUAAUGAGGCCAAGGACAAUGUGAAGUUUCUCUAUACCCUUGAGAAGUUCUGCGAUCCACUCUACAACAGUGAUCCUGUUGGGAUGUUGGAGGGUAUUCCAGGUCUGAUCAAUGCUAUCAGAAUGAUACACAGUAUCUCCAGAUACUACAAUACCUCAGAGAGAAUGACCUCUCUCUUUGUCAAGAUCACUAACCAGAUGAUCACUGCUAGCAAGGCAUACAUCACUAAUGGAGGAUGCGAGACCGUGUGGUCACAGCCGUCUGGCGAGGUCAUCAAGAAGCUCAACGACUGCAUCCGUCUGAAUGAAGAAUAUCAACGUUGCUUUCACAAAACCAAGGAAAAGCUGGAGAAAAUGCCAAAUGAGAGGCCGUUUGAGUUCUCAGAGAUGUACAUAUUUGGAAAGUUUGACACAUUCACAAAGAGGUUGAAAAACAUUAUUGCAAUCUUUGACAUGUUCUCGGUUUACUCAAGCCUGUCAGAGUCAAAGAUUGAGGGUAUUGAGGUGAUGGCUAACAGGUUCAGUGUGAUCCAGACCCAGAUCCGGAAAAAGCCGUAUGACUUCCUGGACCAGAGGAAGCAGGAGUUUGGGAAUGAUUAUGAGGACUUUCAGAGACAGAUCAAGGAACUCCAUAAACAACUUUGCGAGUUCAUGGACAAGAAGUUUGAAAGGAUUAUCAGCACACAGCGUGCCAUCAACCUGUUGAUAAAGUUUGAGAAGUUGAAUCUCCCAAACCUGCCUAUACAGGAGAAAUACCAGCGUAUCUUGUCCCAGUAUGGUAAAGACAUUGAGAUGGUGUCCAAAAUCUACCAGAAGAACAAGAAUGAGCCACCAGUUGCCCGAGAUUUACCUCCCAUUGCAGGUAAGAUAUCAUGGUCUCGUCAGCUGUUCCGGCGUAUACAAGAGCCGAUGGAAAUAUUCCAGCAGCAGCCGUCACUCCUCGAGCACUCACCCGAGGCCAAGAAGAUUAUCAAGAGUUUCAACAAGCUUGCCAAGGUUCUACUGGAGUUUGAAGUACUUUAUUACAGGGGCUGGCUUAGGCAGGUGGAGGCAGCAAAGUCUGGACUAGCGGCAUCACUGCUUGUGAAGCACCCGGAGACCAAUGAACUCUAUGUGAACUUUGACCCCCAGAUUCUUACUAUGAUACGAGAAACAGAGUGUAUGACGAGGCUUGGUCUCGAGAUUCCGCCAGUUGCCAAAACGAUGAGGACCAAACAAGGGGAAUACAAGGAUAACUACAAUGCAUUACUGAUGAUGCUCCAAGAGAAUAAGAGAGUCAGGAAGAAGAUUCCUACAGCAUUUGAGGAACUCAUGGGCCCUCACAUCAACUGUGUAGAAGAAACCAUUGAACCUGGUCUCACCAAACUCUCCUGGACUUCACUGAACAUCCAGGAAUACAUUGAGGAUGUUUACAAGCGUCUAGAGGAUCUUGAGCUGCUUAUGGUCAGGGCAAAUGAACUGACAGAAUUCCGUAUUGAUGCAGUCCUUCAGGAGAUGGCGACAACAACAUUAUGCCAGUUACCGCAGGAGGAACCGUGGACGGUGGAGGAGUUCCUGGAAAAUACUCAGGAACUGUGUGCCAAGGGAGCAACGAUACUGCAGACAAAGAGCCUCGUUGUAGAGGAAGCGGCGACAGAGCUGAUUGAAAUGCUACUACGUGUAAAUGAGAAGGAAGAGGAUGACACAGAGGAGGAUAAAAGAUACGAUGAUGAGAAACGUGAAGGCAGCCCGACUGGAUCUGGCCGUGCCAGUAGUCGUCGCUCACGCCCGGUCUCUUCAAAGGCAAACCUGGCUGCAAAACGCAAACGUGAACAGAGAGAAAACAUUCAGCAAGCUGCCACAGACUUACUGAACCACUUCAACCAUCGUAACCUUGAAGCUCUGAUAAAGGUCACAAAAAAUACCCUAGAGUCUCUUCGUAAAAGAAUCACAUCUAGUUCAAUGGUUCACUAUAUUGGUGAAUCUAGCGGUUUUGGAGCUGAGACGAAGAAAGAUAAUCGUCCUUUCUUUAAAACUUUCGCCACCUUGGCUAUCCCAAACAUCACCAUGACACCAGGUCUAGAUGAGGUACAACAGGCUGUUAACAAGGCCGCACAGCUGAUUGUGAGUACAAGCAAAGGAAUUUCUCAGUGGAACAAAGACAGGAAACGAGAGAGAUCUCAUUCUGGCGAUCGUGAUGGCCACCAUGACAGACGUAUGAGUAUUGGUAGUGUAGCUGCAUCUGAGGGUUCCCAUGGCGAUAGGAAGAGGCCGGAAUUGGAACGUGAGGCAACGAGUCAUACCGUGACAACAACAGCGAAAAAUUACUUCAAGAAUGUGUCAGAGAACAAAGAAGUUGCCAAGCUUGUUUCUCUCUUGUCAACCUCCAUUAACUCUACCAAGAAGGAGGUUACCAGUGCCCUGGAGAAAUUUGCAGAAUACCACGGCAUCUGGGAGAAUGACCGUGAAGAGGAACUGGAGAAUUUCUUGAAGGAUAAUCCUAAACUGACCGAGUUUGAGUGGAAGAUAAAGUGCUACGAAGAACUUGAGGUUUCUAUCAACGGGGAGCCAGAGUACUAUGAUGUUGGACCUAUUGCUCUGUUUACAGAGAAGCUCAAAUUUGCUCUGAAUGUUGAGACGAAAGCAUGGAGGAUGCAUUAUGGGAAGGCAUGUAACAACAAGUACCGUACAGAGAUGGAGGAGAUUUUCACAUUCAUCGAAGAGCUCAACAAGCGUCUUGCACGUCCUAUUAAAGACUUGGACGACAUCAGAUUUGCCAUGGCUGGACUGAAGGAGAUAAGGGAAAAUGAAAUCAGAAUUGACAUGAGCAUUACACCUAUUGAGGAGUCCUAUUCUAUGUUGAUCAAACAUGAUCUACCUUGUGCCAAGGAAGAAACCGAGAGGUGCGAUACACUGAGAUAUUCGUGGGAGAAACUGAAUGUACAGGCUGCGGAGGUCCAGUCUCAUCUGCUGGAUAUACAACCACAGUUCAAGUCUGAUCUCAUUGAAGAUGUGAAGACAUUCCUGGUGGACUGUGACAGCUUCUAUGAUGAUUAUAACACUGCCGGGCCAAUGGUACCAGGUGUAGCUCCACGUGAAGCAUCUGACCGUCUGGUGAUUUGUCAGAACACAUUUGAUAUUCUGUACAAGAAAUUCUGUACAUACACCGGAGGAGAGGAGCUAUUUGGUCUUCCGGUCACCGAAUAUCCGGAACUGCUCAAGAUCAAGAAAGAGCUCAACUUGCUGCAGAAGUUAUACGGCUUGUACAAUGCGGUCAUUGAUACUGUCCACGGCUACUAUGAUAUUCUUUGGGCUGAUAUUAACAUUGAGAAGAUCAACAAUGAACUCAUUGAGUUUCAAAAUAAAUGUCGCAAACUUCCAAGAGCACUGAAAGACUGGCCAGCGUUUGAAGAUCUAAAGAAGACCAUUGAUGAUUUCAAUGAGAUGGUUCCCCUUCUUGAACUGAUGACCAAUAAAGCGAUGAAGCCAAGACACUGGAACAGGAUGGCUGAGGUCACAGGUCACGUGUUUGACAUAGAGAGCGAUAACUUCACACUACGUAACAUUCUACAAGCUCCGCUACUGGAAUUCAAGGAAGAUAUUGAGGAUAUCUGUAUCUCAGCUGUGAAAGAGAAGGACAUUGAAGCCAAGCUGAAACAGGUAAUUGCAGACUGGAACAACCAGGAAUUCACGUUUGGAAACUUCAAGAAUCGUGGGGAGCUUUUGCUACGUGGAGAUACAACCAGCGAGAUUGUCUCCCUCAUGGAAGAUUCUCUUAUGGUGCUCAGUUCCCUAAUGAGUAACAGAUACAACACACCAUUCAAGAAGCAGAUUCAAACCUGGGUGCAGAACCUGACUAACUCAUCAGAGAUCAUUGAGAACUGGAUGGUUGUGCAAAAUCUGUGGGUAUACCUGGAAGCUGUCUUUGUCGGUGGUGACAUAGCCAAACAGUUGCCAAAAGAAGCCAAGAGGUUCAGUAACAUUGAUAAGUCUUGGAUAAAGAUAAUGACUCGUGCGCACGAGACUCCAAACGUUGUCCAGUGCUGUGUUGGUGAUGAAACAUUGAUGCAGUUGUUGCCUCAUUUACUCGAGCAGUUGGAACUUUGCCAGAAAUCUCUAACUGGGUACCUGGAGAAGAAGAGACUGUUAUUCCCAAGAUUUUUCUUUGUGUCUGAUCCUGCCCUGCUGGAGAUCCUGGGUCAGGCGAGCGACCCUCACACCAUCCAGGCUCAUCUCUUGUCUGUGUUUGACAACAUAAAGACUGUAAAAUUCCAUGAGAAGUUCUAUGAUAACAUUCUGUCUGUGCAUUCAACAGAGGGUGAAACUGUAGAUCUUGAGAAAACAGUGAAGGCUGAAGGAAAUGUUGAAGUCUGGUUGAUGUCAUUGAUGAAAAUGGCCCAGAAGUCAUUGCACGGAGUCAUCCGUACUGCUGCCAUGGCGAUACAAGACCAGAGCUUCCAGCUGCUAGAGUUCCUGGGAAUGUUCCCUGCUCAGGUUGGCUUACUUGGUAUACAAAUGAUCUGGACCCGUGAUUCCACAGAUGCUCUAACCUCGGCCAAAUAUGAUCGUAAGGUGAUGGGUCAGACAAACCAGGCAUUCCUUGAGUUGCUCAAUAUGCUGAUUGACCAGACAACACGUGACCUUGGUAAGGUGGAGAGAACCAAGUUUGAGACCCUGAUUACCAUCCAUGUCCACCAGAGAGAUAUUUUUGAUGACUUAGUCCGCAUGCAUGUGAAGUCACCAACAGAUUUCGAAUGGUUGAAGCAGUCAAGAUUUUACUUUAUUGAAGACCAGGAUAAAUGUGUGAUCUCCAUCACUGAUGUUGACUUUAUCUACCAGAAUGAAUUCCUUGGUUGUACUGAGCGUCUUGUCAUCACACCCCUUACUGACAGGUGUUAUAUCACACUUGCACAAGCUCUCGGUAUGUCUAUGGGCGGAGCUCCUGCUGGUCCAGCCGGUACUGGUAAAACAGAAACAACCAAGGACAUGGGUCGUUGUCUCGGCAAAUACGUAGUUGUCUUCAACUGUUCAGAUCAGAUGGACUUUAGAGGUCUUGGACGUAUCUUCAAAGGUUUGGCACAGUCUGGAUCAUGGGGUUGCUUUGAUGAGUUUAACCGUAUCGAACUUCCGGUAUUGUCGGUGGCAGCCCAACAGAUUGCUGUGGUACUUCAGAGCAAGAAAGAACGCAAGAAGGCCUUUGUCUUCACUGAUGGUGACAAUGUCUCGCUUAAUAUGGAGUUUGGAAUCUUCUUGACAAUGAACCCUGGAUAUGCUGGAAGACAGGAGUUACCAGAGAAUUUGAAGAUCAACUUCCGUACCGUGGCCAUGAUGGUACCGGACCGACAGAUUAUUAUUCGUGUCAAACUGGCCAGUAUUGGUUUCAUUGAAAACGUGAUCUUGGCUCGCAAAUUCUUCACAUUGUACAAACUAUGUGAGGAACAGCUCACAAAACAGGUGCACUAUGAUUUUGGUUUGAGAAACAUGUUGUCGUGUCUAAGAACCCUCGGUGCAGUGAAGCGAGCUAAUCCCGAUGACACAGAACAGACAGCAGUGAUGAGAGUACUUCGUGACAUGAACCUGUCAAAACUUGUCGACCAGGACGAGCCGCUUUUCCUGUCUCUGAUCAAUGAUUUGUUCCCAGGCAUCAAUCUCGACAAGCAGGGUUAUCCAGAACUGGAAAAUUGCAUCCGCCAACAGAUCGUUAAUGCCAAACUUAUUGACCAUCCCUCAUGGACUCUUAAGCUUAUUCAGUUAUUUGAGACACAACGUGUACGCCACGGUAUGAUGGUGCUUGGACCCAGCGGUGUGGGCAAGACAUGCUGUAUUCAUACAUUAAUGAAAGCCAUGACAGAUAUUGGCGAACCCCACAAGGAGAUGAGAAUGAAUCCAAAGGCUAUCACAGCCCCUCAGAUGUUUGGGCGUCUUGAUGUAGCUACCAAUGACUGGACAGAUGGUAUAUUCUCUACUUUAUGGAGAAGAACAUUGAGAGCGAAGAAAGGUGAACAUGUUUGGCUGGUUCUGGAUGGACCUGUGGACACUAUCUGGAUUGAGAGUUUGAACUCUGUACUUGACGACAACAAGACCUUGACCUUGGCCAACGGUGACCGUAUACCUAUGGCAGCAAACUGCAAGAUUGUGUUUGAACCUCACAACAUUGACAAUGCUUCCCCAGCUACGGUAUCCAGGAAUGGUAUGGUGUACAUGAGCAGUUCCGGUCUCGACUGGUCACCAAUUUUAAAGGGAUGGUUGAAUACUCGGCCAUUAAAUGAACAGAGCAUUAUCUAUGACCUGUUUGAAGGCUCAUUCCCAAUCAUCUAUCGACAAGCCAUACAGAAUUAUAGCUUCAAGAUGGACGUCCUCGAAGCAUUCGUUAUUGCUCAGGCUUGCAAAUUGAUGGCUGGUCUGAUACCAAAGAGGGAAGAAAAAGAUGCUCAAGCACUGUCACGUGAACAUUAUGAGAGAUUGUACAUUUUCACAUUGAUGUGGAGUAUAGGCGCAUUCCUUGAACUUGACGACAGAGCCAAAAUGGAAGAAUUCAUGCGGAACAAUGAGGAGUUCAAACUCGAUCUUCCUGAGCUUCCAGCAGAGGGAGAACACACCAUGUUUGAGUACCUCGUUGAUGAUAAAGGACAGUGGGCUCACUGGGACACACGUGUGUCAGACUACGUUUAUCCAAGGGACACAACUCCUGAAUACUCUUCUAUUCUGGUACCUAUGGUUGACAACGUGAGAACUACAAGCCUAAUUGACACAAUUGCCAAGCAGAGCCUAGGUGUAAUGCUGAUUGGUGAACAGGGUACCGCAAAGACUGUCAUGAUCAAUGGAUACAUGGCCAAAUACAACCCAGAAUAUCACCUAGAGAAAUCACUCAACUUCUCUUCCGCUACAACACCACUCAUGUUCCAGAGGACCAUAGAAAGUUACGUUGAUAAACGUGUUGGCACCACAUAUGGUCCACCAGCAGGCAAGCGUAUGACUGUGUUUAUUGACGACAUCAACAUGCCAGUGAUUAAUGAGUGGGGAGACCAGAUUGGAAACGAGAUUGUGAGACAACUGAUUGAGUAUUCAGGAUUCUACAACCUUGAGAAACCGGGAGACUUCACCAACAUCACCGACAUGCAGUUCUUGGCAGCCAUGAUCCAUCCCGGUGGAGGUCGUAACGACAUUCCACAACGUCUUAAGCGCCACUUUGUGAUAUUCAACUGUACCCUUCCAUCAAACAAUUCCAUUGACAAAAUCUUCCGAGUUAUUGGUACGGGUCAUUAUUGUGAGGAGAGAAGCUUCAAAGCGGACGUGAGAGAUCUCGUUGCCAGACUUGUCCCAAUUACAAGACGUCUAUGGCAGCUUACAAAGAUAAAGAUGUUACCUACCCCAGCCAAAUUCCACUACAUCUUCAACUUGCGUGAUUUGUCCCGCAUCUGGCAAGGUAUGAUCAACACAUUGUCAAGUGUUGUCGACUCAGAGAAAGUUGUCCUACAGUUGUGGAAGCACGAAUGCUGCAGAGUUAUAGCUGACAGGUUUGUCUCACCUGAGGAUUAUUCCUGGUUUGAAAAGACAAUUUUGCGUGUUGUAUCUGAAGAAAUGGAUGAGGAGGUUUACCUUCCAUAUGUGAAACCCACUUUCUACUUCACAGACUUCAUGAGAGAUGCACCAGAGGCAACCGGUGAUGAGCCAGAGGAUGCUGACUUUGACAUGCCCAAAAUAUAUGAACCAGUUCCAACAUUUGAGGCCCUUGAAGAGAGAUUGUUGAUGUUCCUUCAACAAUACAAUGAGAGUAUCCGAGGUUCUGGAAUGGACCUGGUCUUCUUCAGAGAUGCCAUGACCCAUCUGGUGAAGAUUUCCCGUAUUAUUCGCACACCUAGAGGCCAUGCCCUGCUUGUUGGUGUGGGCGGGUCUGGUAAACAGUCACUUACCAAACUGGCCUCAUUUAUUGCUGGCUACAAAACAUUCCAGAUCACACUGACCAGGUCAUACAAUGUGUCGAACCUUCUGGAAGAUUUGAAGUUCCUGUAUAGAACUUCUGGACAGCAAGGAAAGGGAAUCACGUUUAUCUUCACAGAUCAGGAAAUCAAAGACGAAGGCUUCCUGGAAUAUCUGAACAAUGUCCUCUCAUCUGGUGUUGUAGCUAACUUGUUUGCCAGAGAUGAGAUGGAUGAAAUCUUGGGUGAACUGAUCCCAGUAAUGAAGAAAGAGUUUCCACGAAGACCACCAUCCAAUGAGAACCUUUACGAGUAUUACCUCACACGCGUCAGGAAUAACCUUCAUGUUGUACUCUGCUUCUCUCCAGUGGGUGAGAAGUUCCGUGCUCGUUCCCUCAAGUUUCCAGGUCUGAUCUCUGGCUGCACAAUGGAUUGGUUCCAGCGCUGGCCGAGGGAUGCCCUGAUUGCUGUAGCUGACCACUUCCUGUCACAGUUUAAUAUAGACUGUACACCAGAGGUGAAGAAACAAGUGAUCCAGACUAUGGGUUUAGUUCACGAUGGCGUUGCAGAGUCUUGUACUGCUUACUUUCAGAGAUAUCGACGUGCCACCCAUGUGACACCAAAGUCGUACCUAUCUUUCAUCAACGGUUACAAAACAAUUUACACAGACAAGAGGAAUGAGAUUGGUGAUCUGGCCAGUAGAAUGAACACUGGUUUAAAGAAGCUCAUUGAAGCAUCAGAAGCUGUAGCAGUCCUUGAGAAAGAACUCGCAGUAAAGGAGAAAGAACUCGCUGUAGCUUCCAAGAAAGCUGAUGAAGUCUUGAAGGAGGUCACAACGAAAGCUCAAGCUGCCUCAAAGGUCAAAGAGCAAGUUCAAAAGGUCAAGGACAAAGCUCAAGCUAUUGUAGAUGCCAUUGAAAAGGAUAAAAAUAUUGCCGAGGCCAAGUUAGAAAAGGCUCGUCCUGCCCUUGAAGCAGCUGAGGCUGCCCUGAACACUAUUAAACCAGCAGAUAUAGCUACUGUAAGAAAGCUUGGAAAGCCGCCACAUCUUAUUAUGAGAAUUAUGGAUGUUGUGCUGCUGCUGUUCCAGCAUAAACUGGAUUCUGUUACACCUGACCCAGAAAAGCCAUGUGUGAAACCAUCUUGGUCUGAAUCAUUGAAGAUGAUGGCAGGAACAAAUUUCCUGGGUAUGCUUACAUCAUUCCCGAAGGAUACGAUUAACGAUGAGACAAUAGAGCUCAUACAGCCGUAUUUGGACAUGGAGGAUUAUAACCUUGAGAAUGCCAAGCGUGUGUGUGGUAACGUUGCUGGUCUUCUCUCGUGGACAGAAGCUAUGGCCGCUUUCUUUGCUAUCAACAAGGAAGUAUUGCCAUUAAAGGCUAACUUGGCGGUGCAGGAAGCAAGAUUGCAGGUUGCUAUGGCAGACUUGGCUGCUGCCCAGGCCAAACUGGAUGAGAAGGAAGCAGAAUUGGCUGUUGUACAGGCAGAGUAUGACAAAGCUAUGUCCGAGAAACAGAAAUUGAUGGAUGAUGCGGAGACAUGCAGAAGGAAGAUGAACGCUGCCGCUGCACUGAUUGAGGGUCUCGGAGGCGAGAAGAUCAGAUGGACCGAACAGAGUCAUGAGUUCAAGGCUCAGAUGGGAAGACUUGUUGGUGAUGUGUUGGUUUGCACAGCUUUCUUGUCCUACUGUGGACCGUUUAACCAAGACUUCCGAGCCAUACUCUUCAAGAACUGGUUCAAGGAACUCAAGACGAGAAAAAUUCCUUUCACGCUCAAUCUCAACACUAUUGACAUGUUGGUUGAUCCAAAUACUAUUGCGGAAUGGAACUUACAAGGUCUACCCAACGAUGAGCUGUCGACACAGAAUGGUAUCGUUGUAACAAAGGCUUCACGCUACCCACUUCUCAUUGAUCCUCAAGGUCAGGGUAAAAACUGGAUAAAAUCUCGGGAAGUCCAGAAUGAGCUACAGCUGACGGCACUCAACCAUAAGUAUUUCCGACAACAUCUUGAGGAUGCCAUGUCCUUGGGGCGCCCACUCAUGAUUGAGGACAUCGCGGAAGAAUUGGAUCCAGCUUUAGAUAGUAUUCUUGAGAAGAACUUUAUAAAAGUGGGUUCGACCUUGAAAGUGAAGGUCGGAGACAAAGAGUGUGACAUCAUGAAAGGGUUUAAUCUCUACAUUACAACAAAACUGUCUAACCCUGCGUACACCCCAGAAAUCUAUGCUAGGACAUCAAUCAUUGACUUUGCUGUCACAAUGAAGGGACUUGAGGACCAACUGCUGGGUCGUGUCAUCCUUACUGAGAAAGCUGAACUUGAGUCAGAGAGAGUGAAGCUGAUGGAGGAUGUAACUUCUAAUAAGAAAAAGAUGAAGGAACUGGAGGACAACUUGCUGUUCCGUCUGACAAGUACACAAGGGUCGCUUGUUGAUGAUGAGGAUCUCAUUAACGUGCUCCGUGUAACCAAGGCAACAUCACAGGAUGUGCAGCAGAAGUUGCAGACGGCAGAUGAGACUCAGAGUAAGAUUACCAUGGCUCGUGAGGAGUUCCGACCUGUGGCAACUCGUGGAAGUAUCUUGUAUUUCCUUAUUACAGAGAUGAGUAUGGUGAACUCCAUGUACCAGACAUCAUUGAAACAGUUCCUCGGACUCUUUGACCUUUCCAUGGCAAGGUCUACCAAGUCACCGAUUACACAGAAGCGUAUCACAAACAUUAUAGAAUUCAUGACAUUUGAAGUGUUUAAAUAUGCUGUGCGUGGUCUCUAUGAGAAAGAUAAGAUGACCUUCACCUUGUUGCUGGCCUUGAAGAUUGACAUGACAGCUGGCAAGGUGAAACACGAGGAAUUCCUUACACUCAUAAAAGGUGGUGCCUCCCUUGAUCUGAAUGUAGUACAGCCUAAACCCCAUAAGUGGAUAUUGGACUUGACCUGGCUUAACUUGGUAGAACUGAGUAACCUUCACCAGUUCUCUGGAAUCGUCGAGCAGGUUCAACGUAAUGAAAAACAGUGGAAGCAGUGGUUUGAUAAGGAUGCUCCAGAAGAGGAAGUGAUUCCUGAUGGCUAUAACAACUCUCUUGAUGUAUUUAGACGUCUGCUGCUGGUCCGAUCCUGGUGUCCUGAUCGUACUCUCCCCCAGGCCAGGAAAUACAUUGCCGAUACCCUCGGAGAGAAGUAUGCAGAGGGUGUGAUCCUUGACCUUGAGAAGAUGUGGUAUGAGAGUACUACGCGCUCUCCAAUGGUGUGUCUUUUGUCUCUUGGCUCUGAUCCAACCAACAAUAUAGAAUUAUUGGCUAAGAAACACAAAAUUGAAAUCCGUGCCAUUUCAAUGGGUCAAGGUCAAGAAGUGCAUGCCAGGCGUCUGCUGACACAGAGCAUCCAAAAUGGCGGCUGGUUGUUGUUACAGAACUGUCAUUUGAGUUUGGACUAUGUGGUUGAGAGCCUUGAUGUCAUCAUGGAGACAGAAACCAUUCAUGAAGAGUUCAGACUGUGGAUAACCACAGAGGAACAUCCCAAGUUCCCUAUCAGUUUCCUCCAGGUUUCCAUCAAAUUCACAAAUGAACCUCCACAAGGUAUUAAAGCUGGUAUAAAACGUUCGUAUGCUGGUAUGACCCAAGACUUCCUCGAUAUCUCCAAUAUGCCACAAUGGAAACCUAUGCUGUACGGUGUCGCCUUCUUGCAUACUGUUGUGCAGGAACGUAGAAAGUUUGGACCGCUUGGAUGGAAUAUUCCAUAUGAAUUUAACGCUGCAGAUUUCAAUGCCAGCGUGCAGUUUGUACAGAAUCAUCUUGACGAUAUGGAUCUGAAAAAGGGAGUGAACUGGACGUGUGUGCGCUACAUGUUUGGUGAGAUCCAGUAUGGUGGUCGUGUCACUGACGAUUUUGACAAACGUCUGCUCAACACAUUCUGUAAAGUAUGGUUCGGUGACCCAAUGUUCAGCCCCAACUUUGUGUUCUACAAGGGCUAUGUGAUACCUAAAUGUACAAAGAUUGGAGAGUAUAUGGACUUUAUUAAUGCACUAAACAAUACAGAUACAACAGAGGUUUUCGGAUUGCAUCCAAAUGCGGACAUUACGUACUCGAGUAAGACUGCCAAAAGCAUUCUGGACACUGUACUGAGCAUUCAGCCAAAGGACAGCAGUGGUGGUUCUGGAGAAACCCGUGAAUCUAUGGUCACUAGAAUCUGUGACGACAUGUUGGAAAAACUGCCCAAUGACUACCUAGAUUUUGAGGUAAAACAGAGGCUGCAGAAAAUGGGAGCAUUACAGCCAAUGAACAUCUUCCUGCGGCAGGAGAUUGACAGGAUGCAGCGUGUCAUCACGUCCGUCCGCACAACAUUGCACGAUCUGAAACUGGCCAUCGACGGUACUAUAAUCAUGAGUGAAAACCUGAGAGAUGCGCUAGACAGCAUGUAUGAUGCCAGAAUACCUAAAGUUUGGGCAAAGAUUUCCUGGGAUUCAAGUACCCUUGGUUUCUGGUUUACGGAGCUGAUCGAUCGUAAUACACAGUUCAAUUCAUGGUGUUUUGAUGGCCGUCCCAACUGCUUCUGGAUGACAGGAUUCUUCAAUGCUCAGGGCUUCCUUACAGCUAUGAGACAGGAGGUGACCAGAGCACAUAAGGGAUGGGCAUUAGAUACAGUGAUAGUUUAUAACGAGGUUACAAGAAACAUGAAAGAUGACAUCACCCAACCUCCAUCAGAAGGCGUGUAUGUCUACGGACUCUACCUUGAGGGAGCAGGCUGGGACAAGCGAGGCUGUAAACUGAUUGAGUCCAAGCCAAAGGUCCUAUUUGAGUUGAUGCCGGUUAUACACAUUUACGCAAUUAACAGCACCGGAGGGACAGAUCCAAGAAUGUACGCCUGUCCGAUUUACAAGAAACCGCGCAGAACAGAUCUGACAUUCAUUGCUUCCGUUUUGCUGAAGACCAAUCAGAACCCUGAUCACUGGACUCUGAGAGGUGUCGCCCUAUUAUGUGAUACCAAAUAAACUACCUGUUGUGAACUUUCAUCUAUGUUAUUUUUUGAUGCGCUAUUAAACAUGGAUUUACACCUUUUUAAGACAUUAUAAAAUGCACUAUUUUCAGGAAUCAAAAAAAGUGUGAAGAUGAAAUAUGCUAUUUUGAGAAAAAAUGAUUUAGAGUUUAUGCUGAAUCGAGAUGUGAUAUGUUUACAGGUUUUGAAAUUCAGAAUUUUUUUUUUCUUGUCAUAUUUCUUUAUUCUUUCUUAAUGUUGAUAGAAAGUAUGAAUUUGAUUUUCAUGUUUUAGUUCAAUAGAUAUUUUGAUAUGGACAGCUCCUUUGGUUGUCGUCAUAGCGUUCAUUAUUAAUUCAAUGCACACAGUGUGUUCUAGAGUGAUUAUGUCUUUGUCAUGUCCUGUAUGUAUAAAAAUUACUUGAAUGUUUUUUUUAGUGUUGAAGAAUGGGAGUACACUUUUACAAAAGAAUGAACUUGCAUUGUAUUUGAAAUUUAAAAACCCAUCAAGUGAAGUAUGUUGGUAUUUAUUUGAUAUAUCAUUCAUUAUGGACACAAAUAAUAUGUAGAAUGAAUUUGUUCCUCGGAAUUAAAGACCGAAGUUUAAUUAUUUAUUUAAUAUAUUAUAUAUAAAGUUUUUUGCUUUUUAUAGUUUCAUCUGUGAUACAUAGAAGUUUCAAGCUUAACCGUCCAUUCUUUUCUCUCUUUUUUUUUUUUUUUACAAAAAAAUUUAUAUUCCAAGUUUAUAGAAAUUUAUAUAUAUUUAUGUAGUAUAUUUAUUUGUGCUAUAUUUAGCUGUGUGAACGAAACUAUAAAAUCGGCCUGGGUUUACACAUGUUUUUGAUGUUUUGUGAGUAUAUGUAUAGGGCGAUUGGAGUACUAUCUAGUAGAUAUAGAUGUCUAUAAUAUAUGAAGAGAGAUUUAAAACAGAGAGUAUUGAUUCCUUGUUUGAAGACUGGCAACAUGCAUACUAAAACCAAAAAGUUAUGUAUAACAGUUUGGAAAUAAUUAACUGAAAGGUAAGAAAGCCCAAAGAAGACAGAAUGCUAAAAUGCAUGAACUUUGAAUUUUUCUCUGCUUUUAUUGUUUAUUAAUGCAAAAUCAAUAGAAAGAUGUGUCACAAUAGUGUAGUAUAUGACUAUACUAAAUGGUGUACAAAGUGAGUCCAGUACAACUUGUGGCAUUCUGGUAUAACUUUUACAUUCCCAUAAAAAGCAAUAUUUGUAAGAUAGAAGCCUUGAAUACUUACACCUCUGUUAAAUACAGCAGAAAAGUUACGUUUACAAGAAACAUUUAUUCCUUUAUUAUUCUUUAUAUAUAUGUAUAUGUAAGUAACAGGAGUUUUUGCACUUAGCUCUUGUGAUUUUUAUUGUCAUUUCAAGUUAGAAAUUAUUAUUCCGUCCAUGAUUAUUAUUCUUCAUACACAGGAGCAAACUAUUGGAGAAGUGUAUCAUUUCUAUUCCUGGUGGAACUGAGACAUAUUCUUUAUUUUUCAGUAAUUUACAGUUUUGUAAAAAUGUUUUAACUAAGAUUUCCUUGAUUUGUUUCAUCAUGAAAUAAAAAAUUUCAAGACAUUUUAAUUGAAAUUAUGCUGCACUUGUCAGAAAUAUGUUCGUUUUCCAGCUUAGUUUUGAUGGAAUAAAUUCCGGUCAUUCCAUUUGUGUUUAAUUACUGUUCAGUGCACCAAACUAUAAACCAUUGUUUUAUCCAUCCCUGUGAUUUACCUUAGUUGUUACAUAUCUGUUAGAAAUAAAUAACUUGCUAUAGAAAUUA